AAGGAGUUAGAUACGUGCGGUCUGUGUCCUCUCUGACCGUAUGGGACGCCACCCACUCUGCCCCGAGGAUCAUGGGAAGUUGGAAGGAGCCUUAGAUUGAAAAGAGGCAUUCAGACGCACAUGAAUAUGAGGAGGUUUUUCAGAGCAAACAGGAACGAGGACUACAGUCAGAUCCAGUACCUGACGGCUAAGUGCACCCGGCUGGCUCAUGAUAAAGGUAAGACCUCGAGGUGAAGACUUUGAGCUGUGAGAGGAGAGUUACACAUUUACACGAUUACAGGCGUCUGCACCUGACUGGACCAGAGACGUGUUGACCAGAUUAUUCGUUUUUACCCAGUAUGUUGUUCCUGUCUCUCUUAGUGUCUCAAUAUUUGACAUUUUAUGGUGAAAAGAGCCACAGAAAAGAACCGGUGACUGAAUGUAAUAUGUGAAAUAAAACAACCUUGGUAUUGCGGUAACUUUAUCACUCCUGUGCUUUUACUCAACUCUGAAUGUGUGAGUCUGAUAUUUACUUUUGGUUUAAGGUCAUAUAAACAACCAACGGACCAACAAACUACAAAGUUAUGAUUUACAGCAGAAGUAGAAAGAGUCAUUUGCUGUUGGCACCGGUGAACAUUUCCGGCACACAGUCCAAAUUUCAAUCCAACUGUGCCUCAGAGACUGUAAAGGUGUGUUUUAGUUUACUUUAUGAAGUCAGUCCAUGAAUCAGUCGUAGACCUAUAAAGAGUGAUCAUUGAUCAAUAAUGAAACAAACUUUUAAAGCACUUAUAAACAGUUUGGCUGGGUUGGAAAAAUCACAUUUAGUAUAGCUGCAGGGUAAGGCUCCAGCUGGUCACCCUAUCAAAUAUACACUAAUAUGAUUUAUGAUAUUUCUACUGAGGAAUUGAUCCCCUUUACUCAGAGGCUUUAAAACCAGAUUUGAGAGACUUUUGGAAAACUUCAGAUUUUGUAUGCAAACUUUUCUUUUUGAGUUCUGGAGUUCAGGAGAAAUUUUCACAACAACGAGGAAAAGGAAAUUAGGAUGUUUGUGAUGAACCAUUUAAUUCCAUAUUGUAUAAUAUAAUGCAUUGUAUAGAUUGGUAUUGCAAUGCACUAUAAUAAUCUAAUAAAGCAUACCACAUAGUAUCAAAGCAUGCACUAAUGUACAGUGUCAUAUUUAGGUGUAUGGUAGGGGAGACCGGGGCUUGUUGUCACAUGGGUAAGUUGUCACAUUGAAAUUAUCUUUGCUAUGAUAAACAUAAACAUUUUCUGUGCCUGACUUAGAUGUUCACUUUUAUAUAAAAAGAAAUAACAAUAAUUUUGUCCUUGUUUUAUUAGCUGCAAAAUCCACUGUGAUAUCUUACCCCAUGUAAGAAGACAACUUACCCGAUAAGUCACAUGUUCACACUCUCUAUUUGAUUACUUAUAACUCUGCACUGACACAAGAUAUGAAAAUGACGAGUACAAAAUACACACCUGAGACUUUCGUCUUUCAUUUGGUUCACAUUUUGUUUAUAAAUGAUGUAUUGAUUUUAAGAAAUAUUAAAGAGUGUAAAAAGUGUGACAACAAGCCCCGGUCUCCCCUACUGUGAUGUAUACUAUAGGAAUGAAUGAUAUCCUAAUGAAUCUAAAUCAUCCUAUCAUGAUAUAUCUAUUAUACUUCAUUGUAUUAUAAUGUAGCUCAUAUAACCUAUCAGAUGGUAAUAUAUCUAAUGUAAUGAACGAACAGAUGACAGUGAUGGUUUAUAAUGAAGUCCUCCCCGGGAAUCUCUCUCUCUCUCUCUCUCUCUCUCUCUCUCUCCCUCUCUCUCUGUCUAUAAAUCACCAGACCUCCUCCUUUAGCAGCCAAGUAAUUGUGGUUUGUGAUAAACUGCUUAAACAGACCAUGAAUACUGACUCAUUUUCAGGCCUGUGAUCUGGAUCUAAGCUAAUGCACACACAUAUACAGCAAAGAAAAAUGAACGUGGUAGAAGUGAAAUCGUUUCCAUGUCUGUGUUUAAGCAUUUAAAAAGUAUUUGAAUCCUGAUUUGUUUCUGAUCAUCUCAAAAGAAAACCCCACAAAAGCACUAUUAAACAUUUAGACAUCUAACCGGAUGGUUUACAUUUUUUGUUUCUUUGAAUUUCUCUGUCAAAGUGAUUAUUUUCUGAGUUAAAACGAAAGUCUCUUUAAUUUAUUUUAUGAUGAACAACUGAAUCUGACAUAACAAGGAGGUGAUGAGGCCCUAAUUGUUGCAUGGUACACUAUAAGAGACUUACCAUUCAGUUUUAACAUCAAGAAGUGACAUUAUAGGGUUCAUUUACUCCAACAUGUGAUGGGGUGAAGAGGGAGUUAAAGCCUUAACACCUUGAUGACAUUAAAAGAAAAUCUACAUUUCAAGUCUUAAAGUUUGAAAAAGUCAUGGCCGGUUCAAAGUGUGGAAAGUAAGAAUCAGGGUUUUUUUAUUACCUUCUACAUCAUCUGCAGCUUUGGUUCACCGCUGUGCACUGUCUCUGCAGCAGUGCUCGACAGAGAGUAUCUGGUGACCAAGGACAGAGAGAGGAAGCUGCAGAAUGAUCUGGAAGCUGCGAGCGCCCGAGUAUUUCACCAGGAGCAGCUGAACAUGGAGCUCAGGAUGAAACAAGACCAGCUCAUCAGCAAGAUCCACCAGCAACAGGUGAACUGAGGAAUUAGAUGGAUUACAAAAAAAGCUGUAUGUUAUUGAAUUAAACCACAGUGGUAGAUCUUUAAACAGGAAAAUCAAACAUCUUCUAAACAAGACUGAAGUGACCAACUUCUUCAGGAACACAGUUUCUAGGCUUUUACUUUGCAAUGCAGUGUGUCUUUUUUGCCACAUGGGGGCAGCGACCGCAAGAGAACACAACUUUAACAGUUCAGCCAUUGCAGAUUUGUUUACAGUGGACAUACACAGAUCACUGGCACAGAGGAGUCAUGCAUCCACCUGAUGCAUUGAUGUAUUAAUAAGUAUUAGUACAUCAUUUCAUAACGUCUUUGCACUUUUUGCAAAACAGAAAUAAACCACCGCCUCGUUGAUACUUAAAAGACCCAGAUUUGAGCAGCUGUAGGAAAGUGAAAAGUGAAUUUUACCCUAGAAUACCACAAUUAGAGCAAGCUGGUUAAAAACUUUGACUGCUGUUUGGUUUGGGAUCUAUAAGAGCUUUUCUUUGACUGAGAAGUUGCAUGCGUCUAACCUGCGUGUUGAGACCAAACCAUGUGGAAAAUGAGAAAGUUUGAGUUAAAAGAGGCUGAAAAGCUCUAAAAGUUUGAGUUAGCAGAUAGUUAUCUAAGUCUGAGCAACUCCUUCAAAUAUCCACGAGAACAGAACCACCAUUCAGCUUUAAAUGAUGUAGAAAUCCUGUUCGGACUUACUUACCUGAGGGUGAAUUUUUAAAUUGUGCUAAUUUAUUCUGUGGCGUUUAACCUCAUUACUAUCCCAUAAUUUAAAUGCAUUUAGCCAUGAACAUACCAGAAGGUCACCUUUGCUGUAAUUACUCAAAUUGUCCAAGAAUCGGUCUUCCAGUAAGCUCCAGUGUUGACAUGAGGAGGUUUUGGCAGUGGUUACGAACCUUUUAGGGGUUUUGGCGCCCUGGUACAGAUGGCAAAGGAGGUUUUAUUCUGUUUGCAGAUCGUUUUAGUUCCAUAGAGGCCUUUAUAUUCUGACAUUUGUAUUUGGAGACAAAGAUUACAACAGAACCUCUUAAUUUUGAGUGGCAGGAAUAAUUCAAUCUUCGGUUUGGUCUCUAAAACUUUAACUCUAUUUCAACAGCUACUUAAAAAUUUGGUGUUGAGAAAGUUCACCUCUCACUCCAUGUGCACGCUUUUCUGCAGAACCUCACUUGCACUUAUCUCGCUCUGCAAUCCCAUUCCUUGUCAGCUCUGUGGUAUUUAUUCGGGGUUUGCCUCAGCCUCUUUCCCCACAAAGAUAUAACGUCAAGCUUGGGCUUGUCACUAAACGGCCGACCUAUAGGUGUGAUUGAUACUGCGUGUGCUGUCUGUACAAGAUAAUGACUCUGUUGACGCCUCUGUGGAAAUCUGAAAAUGUCAAGAUGUAGCCCACUAGAAAGGUGGAGAUUAGCGUGGUAAUCAUAUACAUUUUUCACAUGUUGAAUCAUUUAACUUCAUGUAAAGGAACAACACUCAGUAAGUAACAUAAUUCAGGAGAAGAGAGCAGCUAAUGUGUUUUCUUAAUGAUACAGUGCAAACAUGAAAUAGUAGAAGGUUGUAAAAAUGCACGCACCUAUCCCCCUGAAUGUGCAGUUUAAGAUGCAUGUGUCAAAGUCUCAGCACCUCUGUUUGUGUGUCUCCCCUGCAGGACCAUGUGGACUUGCUGCAGCAGCGACUGGUCCUGCUGGCGGAGGAGAGCUCCCGAGACGUGGAGCUGCUGCGUCAGGUCGGCACAGAGCUGCUGUGUCUGCAGAGCUCCGAGGUAAAGCUGGAGGGCCUGGUGGAGGAGCUGCAAGCCGAGGCCCAGCACAGAACCAUGGUCGCUGAUAGCCUCCAGGCAGAGCUGCACUCUGAGGCCCAGUGCAGAGAUGUGCUUACAGAGAACCUGCAGGCAGAGCUGCGCAGGUAGGCUCACCACACACUGAAUCUCCCUCUGAGUAAUGAGUUUCUGACAGGACAGAAAAAUUUGUGGAAUUAGUGGAAACACAUAAACUGACCUGAGAAAUCUUCUCAACUCAAACUUGUGUUUAAACCACAUUUAACCCUGUUUUUUUUUAUACAUGUUGGUUGUUAUCAGAGCUGCGCUGCAGGAAAGAGUUCGAGGAAAAAGUUUGUUGCUCGUCCCAAAAUAGUUCGGACGCUGAAUUUGUGGGUUAGAAGAAACCCACAAACCCUGUUUUAUCAACAUUGCAGAGCAUUUGCAGUGUUUUUUUGGGACUGGGGUCACACAUGUAGCCUGAAUGUGAAAUAUUAGCAGCCCUCAUAGACGGUAUUUCUUUGUUCUUGUCUCCAACAGUAAAUCAGUGGAGCUGGAGGACCUACAAGAUAUCAACAGGAGUCUGACAGAUGAACUGCAGGAUUUACGCUCUGCUCAUCAGAAGGAAGUAAGAAACAGAAACAACAUUUUUGGGGUUUUGGGCACAUGUAGAACAUGCCUGCUAGUUGAAGUUUUUGAUUUGUUUAACUUUUUACGGCAGUUGAUAGUUUUUACGCAAAUGUGCAGAGUAAGAAAAAAGAAUGUAAUGCCGCUUUUGUCCAGCAGAUGUCAGGAUUUCCCAUAUUUCUUAUCACUGCCUUUGCCUCCAUUAUUGUUUAGCAUUUACAGACUGCUAAUCUACUUUUAGUGAUUUUUUUUUUAUUGCAUAAAUUCAGAGUCUUUGUCUUUGUCAAGCUCAGAGCCAACUCUCCUUGAAACAAUGCAGCACAACAUCACCCUGCCGCCAGCUCCUCCAAUCACAAGAAAUUGAUUACCAACAGUGUCCCGAGGUCAGCGUUCCAACUAAAAACAUGUCUGCUGCGGGAUCCCGAGAAAUUAAUAACCCGAAACAUAAAACCUCGAGGUUAAAAUUAACGUCCUGUGGCCAAAUUUUAAAAGCUGCAGCCACCCCGGAGACAAACACUAACUCACAGUUUGCUGGCAUUAAUGUGUUGAGUCUGGGCAUCAGGGGGACAUUCCUACGUACAGUCAGGAUUUUUAUUUAUUCUGGGGCUCCGAGACUCACUCCCUGACCGGCCCCUGGUUCGACCAGUCCAUCAGACAGCAAACCAUCCAGGGACAGCUGUGAAAAACAGAAGGAGAGUAUUUAUCUGUGGUGGAUCUCUGAGUUCAGAGAUCAGGGGUGAAGUGUGACCCUGAUCAGAGUCAUCUUAUCGGAGAGUCGUCAGUAGAAAACACGGUGAUGUUGUGUUGUCUUUGAGGUGAGGGAGCUGCAGCAGGAGAACGAGAGGAGUCUGGGGAAACUCCAGGAGACAGCCGAGCAGUGCGAGUGGCUCUGUCAGCAGCAGCGCUACUGGAUGUGCUGCGUCAAGAGGUGGGUGGAUCUGAAAACUCUUUCAAAAGGUGCAACAUCAACAACAACCUGCAGACACAAGUCAUUUUUCACAUUUGGCAUUUCUGCGUCUGUGGCUGAAGUGAUUAUCUCACUGGCUUUGGCUGAGCAAACAGAAAUUUUUUGACCAAUAGUUUCAUUUUCCCAUGAACCUUUAAAGGACUAGUUCAGAGUUUUUAGUGAGAUUAUCCGCUACAAGACUUCUUUACACUGAAGAAAAGGAAGAAGAAGCGGUUUUAUGCUUCAGAUAAUUUCCUUUUUGCGCAUUAUUUCAUCCUUGUGGCCGAUACUGGAGCCAAACUAGCAAAAAGACAUAUGUUCUCUGUCAAAGUAUUGUUUUAGAUGGAGAAAAUCUACUACCAGGGGUUUGCAGAAGAAAAACAAAAGAGCAAAAUGUCUGAACAGGAUAGUGUUUAUGCUGGCGUGUGAAUGCUGCGCUGUUCUUGGAGGACUUAAGAGUUAAAGCAUGUGCAUGUUAGUGUUGAUCAGAGAUUUGUCGGGGGAUGAAAGCUCACAUUGUGACACCGGGGCUGCGAUGGGAGAUCAUCCUUUGUCUGCUAACGAUCGGUAAUAAACCAGAGAGUCGAAAGCGUGACAGCUUUUGCGUUACAGUUAAUAACCACUGAUAAAUCAGAGCCCUGCAGAAAGUUUUUCCAGUAAUUUGAUGAAGUAAGAGUCGACUGAUACAGAUUUUUCAAGCUAUUAUGGUUACUAAUUAUUGGUAGUUCAUGAUAGGGCUGGGCGAUAAACCAAAAAUUUACAGAUACUGAUAUUUACAACGAUAACCGACGUCAUUUUGCCGAUAUCGGUAUAUUUGGUGUCAAAUAAAUAAAUAAAUAAAAGUUGGCUUUGGAUGUGUAUAGGUAGGCUAUGGUCUCAUGUCCCUUUAAGAUGCUGUCCUACGUCAGAGACGUGACUCCACCCCAUCCAGUCUGUAACAAAGAGGGAAAGACAGGUGAGGAGAUAGAGGACGGUUCAAAAGCGGUUGAAGUAGAUGAAGUUAAUGUGGGAGGGGGUGAGCAGCUUGUGGAGUAGUUAUCGUCUAUUUUUCGUUAUCGAGGUGAACUGAUCAAUAAAUCGUGAUAUUGAUUUGAGGCCAUAUCGCCCAGCCCUAGUUCAUGACACAGAUAAUCGGUUAAUGUAACUGAAAUGCAGCGACAGUGAAAAAGAAAAACUUUCAGUCAAUAUUACAAUCUCCAAAAACACAAAACUUUUUUCUCAAUGUCUUCAGAAAACAUUUUAUCAAAACUAGAACUUUCAAGUUACAGUUUAACAAGUUCGACUUCUGAGCCAAAGUAACACAACUGUGAGUUAAUUUGCAUUACCUAUAGUGGUCUAUAUAUGGAGGUCAUGCCUUGUUGUUUCCUACUCUGUCUAAUAUCCUCUUCAAAUAAAGCGCAAAAAACCCCAAAACAAACAAUUUAAAAAAAAAAUUCUUCUACAGACGGCAGCUGAAUGCUGAAUAUUGUCCAAAUAAUCGAACAAGACUGAUAAUCAGUCCACCUCCAUUAAAAAGAGGAUCUGUAUUCCUUUAGUUUGCUUCCAUAACAAAUGCAAACCUUGGCAGGAGCCAUGACAGUGAGUGACGGUGCUCAUGGGAAAUGCAGUCCCGUGAAAACUCCUCAAAGUGUCUUCAAGAGAAAGCUACUUCAUUUUCCUGAUUAUCAGUCAACCUCACAGUGUCCCAGAAAAAAAACAAACGGUUUGUGGAUUUUGCGCCGAGACUUUUGCAUAAAUCUUUAACACUUGAGUGAAAACAAAAAAAGGGGAAAGAAAAUCUGAACUUCCAAGAAAUGAUUUAAUGUCACAUGUCCAAAUUUUAGAGCCACUGCUGCUUAACCUCAUCAAUCAUAACAGAGACGGUAUGAUUUCUGAUGACCCGCUCCAUAUGUAACAAACAUACUGUGCCCUUUAACAGAUUCAAAGACUGUCUGAUGGAGGAGAGAAAAGCUCUUCUGCGACAGGUCAGCACGCUGGAGAAGAAGGCUGAGACACUGAAGAAGAGUCCACGCCAUGAAGAUCCAACACAGAGUAACCACGGCUCUCCGCAGGACACCGAACGCUGUGACAGGUGAGGAAAAAGUUACAGAGCAGCGCCGGCGUACAUUUCAGCGGCAUCACUCAGAGCCAGAAAUCAGCUCUGAGGAACUUUAAAAUCAUUCCCACCAAGAAUAAAAAAGAAGAAAACAAAUUCCUCUUCUUCUCCCCUGGUUUUUAUAAAUUUUCACUUUGGCUCACGCUUACAUGAAGCAAUAACCAACAAUCAAUCCAACCUCUCUGUCUGCUCAAACAGUUUAUCAUCGUGGGAAGCAGACGCAGUGGCUGACCUGGAGUCUCAGGUGGAGAAAUCGAACACACUCUGUGAGGGGCUCUUUAAUCAGGUACCACAGAAACUUCUUCAGCUCGGUUUAAACAUGAAGAAAGUCUCAUCCUGUUCACAAGCUCUCCAGUCAAUGUUCUGAAGCUCCUCUUUUCACUGAUGGAAGUGCAGAGCCGGCCCAAGCCUCAAUGGGGCCCUAAGCAAAGUUUGAUUUUGGGGCCCUCUAUUUCUGCCAAUAAUAUUGAUUGUUGAUCAUUCACACACCUACUGCACUUAAUGCACCUGACAUGUCUUUACACAUUUAAGGGGUCGGCCUAGGUAACAAAAUAAAUAAUACCAAUGAAUGACUGAUCAAUGAUGUUCAGGGUGCCACAUACGGUUUUUAAUCUCAAAAUGUAACACAUUCAGGAUGCUCAGUGCACACGGUAGCAGAGCUUUUACACAUCGGCAGCAGCACUAAAAUGUUUUUACUCUAUUUUAUUUUAACAAUAAUAUAUAUUUAAUGAUAGAGAAAGCAUCAUUCAUACAUGCAAACAGUAAAAAAUAUUAAAAUUUUUAUUUUUUUUUUUAUUGCUCUUGGGGGCCCCCUACUGGCCGGUGGGGCCCUAAGCAGGUGCUUAGUUUGCUUAUGCCUUGGGACGGCUCUGUGGAUGUGCAAGAAUAAUAGUGAAAAGGUCGAUAAAGGUGGAGUAAAAGGCUUCAUGCAUGCAGUCUUUCUAACGGCCACCAGGGGGCAACUUCAUUUUUUUUUCACAAGAAUCCAAUCAGCCAGUUUAAUACCUCAGCAUAGUUUCAUAACAAGUUCAUAAAACAGACUGAUGGGCCUGUUAAAGGUACAGUCUGUCGUUUUUAAGCAGUCUCUUGAUCAUAUCUGUCUGCCAACACUCCUGAUUUUCCCAGGACUCUCCCGUAUCUUAAGGCCAUCUCCCACCCUCCCUCCUGUUUUCUUAUUUCUUCACAGGAUUUGACGGCCAUAAAAUACUCAUUUUAAAAACUCUACAUAGCGCCAAAAACAAAACAAACUGUCGUUAAACGCACCUCAAGUGUCCGCUACUUGUACUGACUCUUGUCGGACAGUCUGUGGUGGUUAUCUCUGGUGGUGCAGGUAGGCCGCAUGAACCACAUUGGAUCUCAUAAAAGCCAGAACCCGUCCUAGGUCUUCAUGAUUAUAUUUCUUUCUGUGUCAACAUUUCAGAGCUAUCAGGACUCGCUGAUCCAGAUGCUGUGUGUUUAAGUGUCUAAAUGAAAGGCACAGUUAUUAAGUUGUUCAUAAACAGCAGAUCGUCUGAUGUGACAGAUUUGUAAAAUGUGUAAAACAGACUCUCACUGUUGUACAGUUAAUGGUUUGCAUAGACGGCGUGUUAAAUAACCCCCGUUUACCACCGUAAGUGUGUGGCUUAUUUUACAGCGGGGCAUGAACCUUCAAAUGAACCUUUGUUUUAAAAGCCACAACUUCGGGAGUUCGAAACUGUUUUUGGGUCAGAGACAAAGACCGAUCUGAUGACUGAAACAGAAGAGCUCCAAAAACACAGAGCUAAUAUUCAUCUGGUGAGACUGCCAGUUCUUACAGAAGUUUCUGUACAGCCAAAAAACUCUGAAACCUCAACAGUGCUGGAGUCUCAUCUUUAUUUUUCUCUUUUCAGGCUUAUUAAAAAAAAAAAGCCUUUACGCAAUCAAUGGACGACCACAAAAUGUUCCAUCAGCGAAGAAACUGAUGAUCAAAUACUGAUGGUAUCUCCUUUAGUUACAGCAGAUCUUUAAACGCCAGGUUUCUGCUGAACGAUAAAGUCACGAUGAUCAAUAUUUUUAAGGGUCUGCUUUAAGUGAUGAACCUGCUCAGCUUCACAGUCUCUGGAUCGGAGACAGCUUUAGAUCUUGAGGGAAAAUGUCAUUAAUCCAAAGUACACAGCUCAAAUUCAUGGUGGCACAGCUGCCAGUCUGCUGUGGUUGUUUUGGUGCCAGGAUUAAAAAAGAAAAAAAAGAGUCUGAACUUUUUAGAGCGGAGGAGUCUCAUCAGUGUUUUUGUUUUGUCUGUCUGCUGCGUGUGUUUUUAAAGACACUAUAAAUGGUGCUCAGUCAUAAAUCAGGGACAAAAAAGCUCUGUGUUAUAAAGCCAUUACAGAAAGUGCCACUAGAGGGCACUGUCCCUUUUUAAACACCUUAUCCAAUUGCAACAAACCUCCCCCAAAAAGACACGUAUCACUGUAAAAAAAAAUAGAGUGAGGAUGCAUUUGAAGCAGCUUUUUGUGUUUAACCUAAAUUCCCUUGAUUAGUAAAGCUGAGUUUAGUUUUAACCGUAUUUAUUGAACUUCUCUUCUUCUUCUUCUUCUUGCAGUUGCUCUUUACUCUCUCACUAUAUACUGGACUAAUCUGCUUGUUUUACAUUUAGAUACAGCAGCUCUGAGAUUUUUCCUUUAAAAAAUGUUCUCAAUUACAAAUAAAAAGUGAGAUACAAAUUAAUUUAAUGUUUUCCGAGUGGAGAACAACGUUGGCAAUCUCCUCCAACCUGCUGCAGCUUGAUGCACAGUUCAGUUUCUGCACUGGGAUGACCUGGGAUACGUGCAGCUCAUCUGGACUUCAUGAAUCACCACUCCUCCAAACAAACAGGCUGUGAGGGUCAGGACAGUGCUGCGCUUCAUGCUUUGCUCCUUUUCACUUUGAACUUUGUUCAUUCAGUCUCUGUUGCUUUGUGUAUUUUUACUUCAUGUUAUUUUGCUUCACUUUGUGACUUCAAACUUUUUUUAUUUCAUGCACUUCUUUGCCCUGCUUGCUGUGUUGCUUUGGGCCCUGUGUAGGGCUGGGCGAUAAAUUGAAAAUAUACUGAAAUAUACUUUACCCAUCCAUCCAUCCAUUUUCUACUGCCUCUUCCCAUACUUUGUUGAUUUGGGCGACAUUGCUUCACAUGCUGUAUUGCUCUUCAGUUUCUUGAUGUGCACUUUGUGACUUCAUGCUGUUCUGCUCCGCCUGCAGUUUCUGCUUACUUUGCAGUUCGUCACUUUGCACUUUGCUUCUUCCUCUUUGAAUCUUGCCUCAUGUGCUGUGUUGCUCCAUGCGUCCUACUUCAUCCCUUCACCUUGCAAGAUAUUUUGCCAAUAUGUUGCUUUGCACUUUGUUUCUUCAUGUUUUGGACGCCGCACGCAUUCUUGAUCCAUGAUCCGUCAUGGGUUGCUUCCCUUUGCUCCUCGAUGUUUCACACUUUCUUGCUUCACGUGUCCCGAGUUGCUUGUAAACCGUUUGGACACUGAGCGUUAUCUACCUGCUUUUGCCGCUGACCCACGCUCACUCCUGCAGCCUGCUGUUUGGACAAGCAGUAAUAAUUGGAUUUUUUUCACAAGUUAGAGGGUUUGGAUCAGGAAUAAAGAGAUUUCAUCAUAAACAGAGUCAAGAACACUGAGAACAAGUUUCCUGUGUAACAUGAUUUAUGAGGCAACUUCUGAUGUGCUCAUGAUGUAGUGUUACUUUUAUUUUCCAGAUGUCAGCAGUUGGGCUACUUUGGUGGGUAAAUGUUUUUGUGAGUGAACGUUUGGACUCCAAAAAUAAGACUUGAGCUGUCUGUAUGUUUAUAUGGAGGGGAAUGAUAAUUAUUAUUAUUAUCAGCCCUCUGAUUUAACGAGUAAACAAGCUUUGAGAGCACCUUCAGUGUCUUCAUAUGAUAACAGCAGAGCCUCAGCAGACAGGGGUCAUACUGUGCUUCAGAUCUGAGGGUUCAUUUAUUCGUCUGAAUCCAAAGAAGCGAACAUCUUUUGAUUCGUAGAAAAGAGUCUCCACCUUUAGAGGGACUCGUUCAGGUCUUUUAAAAUUCCUGGAUCGGGUUUAAAUGCAAAUCUCAGGGGUGAAGCCGAAAUUCAAAACAGAGCGAUAUUCAUCUGAGGACGGCUGCCAGCCCCCUGUGGACCUGCAGAGUCCUGCCAGGGCAUUCAUAAAACUGAUACUUGGUGGGCAGCAGGGUCUGAUCAGUGACUUAUUUUCUCUAAAAACUUCGAAAGCCAUUUCGCAGUCAAACAGGAACCCUACAGUGUCCAUGAAGAGCUGCUCCAGGAAGCACUCACAAAUCCUGACAGGGCCUCAAACGCCUCGUCCUCCUGGAUUAUGCCGAUGGUGAAGAUCCCUAAAAGGUGCUUUCUGGCUGCCUUGGGAUUUUUUAAAAGAAAGCUCCCACAUCUUUCAGAGUGACAAGUUCAGUGUUUUAGGAAUCUGUGGAUAAGAGGAAGCCUGACAGACAGAACUUAGGGCUUAUCCUCGUGUGCUGCCAGUCCCCAGAGGAGCUGCUGCUGCUGCCAAAGCCUUGAGAGAUCGCUGAUACUUUCUGGGCACAGGAGUCCAACAUUAGACCUUUUCCCUUGUCUGUCGGUCUGUCUUUCUGUCUGCUGCACAUGGCUUCCUCCCAAGCUGUCCGGGUCCUCUUCCAGAGCAGCACAGAGAUGACUAAUAAAGACUGGGGGGAGCGGAUUGCCAAUAGCCUCUGUGCUUCAUUCCCCUCACCUCUCACAGACUCUGCUGCGCAUUUCUUCAGAUAAUUAUUCUGAUUGAGUGCAGAUGAUGCUUUUUUUCCUUCCCAGAAGUCUCUGCAGAGCUGAGAGAGGGAGGAAAUGUAGCUGGAGGAGCCGGGAUCGCCGGAGACAGAGAGGAAACAACCAUGAAAACACAUUACCAGCUCAGAUGGGAUUUAUACGAACUGUAGAUUCACACUUUUGUGGACAUGAGAGUCAGUUUGGGGCUGCUAAAGAGAUAAAAGAAAAGCACAGGUCCUGAAACAGGAAGUAUAGGAGGCAUGGAAGUGUGACUCCAAGAAACAAAGCAGAGCAAAAACCUGUUGACUGUUUCAGCAGGAAAGUUGAGGAUGAAGCCAGAAUCAUGGAGGCUGAAAAGAGCGGAUGAUCUGCAAUGGUGCAAAUGACCUUCAGUCGGAGGAACAUCCUGCAAAAGGCCAAACAAUGCACAUUUGAAAGCAGAUGCAAAAAGUCUAAAACAGUGAAAAACAUCAUGCAAAACAACCGCAGUGUGAGCAGAUGCACAUAAUUCACACAAAACCAGAAAACUGACAAAGAAAAAUGCUGCAAAGUCGGACUGAACAUGAAACAGCUUCAUUGAGAGGACAGGGACAAAACCCAAACCCCACGGUCCAUUAGUGAUCACAUGCCAAACCACAUGACCAUGGACGCCACCAGAGCAGAGAGUGCCUGAGGAUGAUCUGUUCUUGUUGGCUUUACUUUCAUUUGAUUCACCAGGAAAAUGGUGACGAACUCGGAUCAGUUCGGUUCAGAGCAGGAAAGAUUCUGGUGUUGGUGUUUGGAGGACAUGGUUAUGAGAAUUCAGGUAUUUGUGUUAGCGCUUGAUAACAGUCACUACUUUGACUUUGAAGAUGGUAAUGUGAUUGCUCUGAGUAUAUAACGCCACCUUUAAGCACGUAACCAUUUGCUGGAAAACAAUCGUAAGAAUGACGUCAAACUUUUCCCAUAAGCUUCGAGCCACGUCACCAAACUGAGGUAGUAAACGGGUCUGUAAGUGAGUUAGCUCAUUCAGCAAUAAUUCCCUCUGAUAGCAUUCCUCCGAAUAGCAAAUCAGUUCACGGAUUCAUCUGCCAAACGGCCUCCUCUACGGAGAACAGAGAUGCCUGUACACCUGCAGGAAUGAAACUUGGAGGGAAGACAGACGCCUUUCAGCUCUGCGGGCCUCUGAGGUAGCAGAUACGUGAUUCAACAGCCUCUUCAGGAACUCUUAAGGACCUAAAACCUGACUACAUUUUCCAAACAGUUGAAAUGUAAUCCUCGAUGUGCUGUUGGAACAGAAGUUACAGCUUGGACAUCUUAAUCCUUCAAUGUCCUGACCCACAUUUCCUCACUUGGACGUUUUUCUCGAAGCUAUUUUCUCUCUGAUUUCCCCUCUCGCACACUCUUUAUGUUUAUUGUCUUUGGUCAUCUUCACUUAUGGUUUAUUUUUCUGACCUCAGGCGGGGAGCCCUAUCAACGGACACCAGAAACCUCCUUGAGGACAGAAGCCUGGAGCCUGGACUCGUCUUCCCUUUCCCUUCCCACCUUCUGCAGUCCAGCGUACGACAACUCCAUGUUUGUGUGUGUGGUUAGCUUUGUGGAAACCUUCCCAGUCAUUGUCAAACAAAACUUGAAAUAACAUAACCUGUGAAACCAAACAUUUAAAGUUUUUGUUCCACCAUUGUUCGGCUGUCUGUAAAAGAAUCCACUCCAUGAUAAAUGACUGAAUGAAACACAGUGCGGCGUGCUCUUGUCCUCCCUUCGCUGUGACACAUGCACAUCACAUGUUCGCGAAGUCGCAUUCUCCCGUAAUCGUCCAUUAUUCAGACCUUUUAAUCACAGCACGGCUAACAAGAACAAAAGCACCUGAGAAUGCUCUUUUGUUGUUUUGCCAGAGAGUCCUCACGGGGAAGCAGCAGCUGGUCCGCAGAGCAAAUAACAAACGUGCUGUUUGGAGCAAAGUGAAGCCCUACUGAUCGUCCCCCCGCUGAGAGUCUGGUCCGUUUCCACUCUGAUGAUCACAUCUCCGCACUUAUCUCUCUCCUUUCUCUUGUCAGAAAGCAUCUGCAAAGUGUGUUUGAGGUGACGCUGGCUCAGUUUGAAAAGGCCUCUUCAUAUGUGAGCCAUAUGAUGCACACAACAACAGUUUACGCGUAAGGUAAAUGUUUGGGGAAAGUCAUUCGAAGCGUGGGCGAAAGGUGGGUUUCCAACCAUCAGCUUUUAUGCGUACUUUAGUUUUUAUGCAAAAUAAACCUGUGUGAAACAAAUUAAAAGGAUGGAAACAAUGUCAAGCUUCUGAAAAGAGGUAAGAUAGUGAAUGCAGCGCUUUACUCUCACUGUGUAAUUGCACCCAAAUGGAAAAUUAUCUACACAGGAUGAACACAUACCUGAAUAUAAAUCUGUAGAGGCACAAUCUGCUCUGUAUUAUCUGUAAUUCUAAAAAAGAAAGUCAAAUUUCAUGCUACGUGCUUCACUGGUGCAGCUCCGGUCGUCUCUGUCAAACCUCUGCGACACAUAAAGACAAAGUCAGAAACUCUCGUUUCAGCGGCAUGUCUUCAUUUCCUCCUUGUAAAAAAAACCAGAAGAACGAGGUUUCAUUUACGUUAUUUCAUUUCCUCGUUAUCCUGGACUUGGUCUCUCUAUUCACAGGCAGCGGGCUGCACACCAGCAGCAAAGCACAUCUAUAGUGUCCUUCAUUGAAGGAGGAGACUCUAAAACUUGUUGCAGCUUGUCCAAAACUGACCAUUCAAUGACCACCUCAGUGACAAUCCAAGACCUACGUAUGUCCUUCACCUACUAUGUAACUGUCUCCACACACCAAGCGUGAGUGAAAUCAUUUGCACAACUUACUUACAUAUUGAGUUAAUACAAAGACGCAAUUAGACGCUUGCACUACUCUGCCGUUGCGAAUGACGCGAAUUGGGCGAGAGCUUAAAAUGUCUCAACUUGAGCGGAUAUUCACGUCACGAUAACUAAGCAGCAAGAAGGUUGCCGGGUGACAUGAAAACGGAUGGUUGUUCACUGGUAUCUAAAAUGGAGGACUAACUGAUCGUGUCGGUGUGUGAUGAUGAUUUUACUCGCGCUUGGUGUGAGCGCCCCAUUAGCGCGGGAAAACUACUCCACUCUACAUUAUCUGCACCAUGACCUUCAAAAUCAAGACAACUAUCCUUGAAACCACCUUGAAAAAAUCAUGUGUUAAAAUUGGCUUUUUAACCUAUGAAUUGUUCUUUUAUUGUCUUUUCAUAUUGCGUCUUUUCUAACCUUCUACACUUUUAGUCUUAUUACUCAACAUUUUCUGUAUUUUAAAUUGUGUUUAUUUUUGUAAAGCUUCUUUGAGCACCUGUAAAAGCUUGUUAUAAAUAAAAUGUAUUAUUAUUUAGACACACUUCGAAGCCAUAACUCUCAAUAAAUGCUCAACACAGAUAUCAAACAUGGUUUAAUAAAUGAACAAGCAUAAACUCAGAUAAAUUCACCACCUUUAUUCUCAUUUUUAAGGAGCCUGUAGACUUGAGAGAAGACCAGGUCCAAACUUAGUUCUGGUUCUAACUUGCAGCAUGAGCACAACCAUAUUCAGUCACUUAAACCCAGUUGGUAAAGUUCUGGAAAAGAUUGUGUUUUUCAUUAAAUAUUGAUGAAUGUUGAUGUCAACUUAGACUAAACAGGAUGGGCUGGAUUUUUAAAUAUUUAUUAAAGCUGUAACCUUUUUUCCUGACCUCCAUUACAACUUUAAACGGAGUAAAUCUGAGCAGAUGGAAAACCGGAUAAAAGUUUGAGUCUCAGGUGUCCUGGUCCUGUUCUUCGUACCUAUCUCAAAGGUUUUUGUUUAGAAAACCUUCAAUUGCCACCAGAUAUAUUUGGAAAAUGUAAAACAUGGUGAAACUGUAAGUGAAGCAACAUUUUGAUUUGGCAAGGAGCUCAAGGGAAUAAUACUUUAGGAGGAAUUACUUUCCAGACUCUUUUUGCUGCCACAGGUGUGUGACAGUGUCUCCGAGUGAACAGGUCGGUCUGUAGAGGACAAAUAAAGACAACGAUGUGAAACAGCCAGUCCACUGAGGUUUGGGUGAAGGGUUCAAUCAUCAGCAGUUAAGAAGUGAACCGGCUCUUGCGAGUAUCAUAGGGGGUUUCCCAAACUGCUCCAACUUUUCAAUCAUUUUAAAAACCUCACCGGGUGUUGAGAGAGGAUUUCGGCACAUUUCAGUCAACACAGAGCUCCCUAAAUUGUUACUCAGCCUGUAUGAGACCACAGACUUUUUUUUUAAAACCCAGUAUUUGUCUGAAAGUUGUCAACUUGAUGAGAGGGUUUUUCUUGAAGGCCUGGUCUGGAGAGAUUCAAGGACUCUGGGUUCGCAGGGCUCAAGAUGGAUAAGCUCUGCGGCCAUGAACGUAACACACCAAACCAAGAUCGACCGAGAGCGAAAGAAAAGUGACUCUGUGUCAAAUUUAUAAACUUAAAACACAUGAUUAAAUAUGGAGUUGUUUUUCACUUGAAAUGAUUCAUCUGGUGACACUUUGGCUCGGCAGGAAAACUCAAAAUCAUCCUGAUAUCUGUGGAGUCGGAGUGAGGAGACGGCAAAGACCUGCACAAAGAUCACUUGGGAUACUGGGGUUCGUACCGUUACAAUCUAGUCCACAAGACAACUGACCCUUUGAAAUGAGUUACUGCCAUCCCCGAAAGGGUUGAUGUGCAGAGUUCAAAGAAGACGAGCUAAAAGGACUAGCUGGGUAAGAUCCUGAAGUCCAGGACCGAGCGUGAGGAUACCGGCGAAAGUAAAAGCAAGAUAAUGACAUGUACCUGCCGUUUAAUCUCCUUUGAUAAGUUUGGCCCCAACCCUGAGGGACGCCGUAGGCAGCGUCGGCGGCGGCCCGCCCUCUGACUGCACGGAGCCAAAACAGUCUGACCUACAUGAGCUGUGAAUGGCAGAGGUGUAGCCAGAGAUUAACAACGUGUGGCGGCUGGAAACAGGUCGCGUUUGCACACAAUAAAUACAGUUGCACCCGCCUGAGCAGAACGAGACUCAGACAUUAUGGGGGUUAUUAAUAGAACAAUUAUGGGUGCAGGAAGAAUAGCAUGUUUAUGUGCAGGCGUCAUUACAGCCAGAAAAACACGUCUCAGAUGUUUAAGACCAGGAUGUUCCAAUUAAAAAAGUCAGACUUGUUAAAAAUGGGGGUUUAUAUUUCCAAGUGCGACUUUUUCUGUCUUUGCACUUGCUUGAACAAACACAGAUUAUGUGGUAUACGCUCUAUGUGGCUUAUACGGAUAAUAAACAGAACCACAUGGGUGUGAUUGUUUGGAAUAGAAAAGGGAUUAUCAAACAUUUAUGAGAGCUGCGGCGCUCUGAGAGAAUAUUCCUGUUCCUCUGCAAAGAAAACAAACCGGGAGAUGUUUCAGCACAUAUUUGUUUGCGGCUUGGAGCUUCAGUAAUACGACAAAAUGUUGGUGAAACAUGGAGUCACGUCUUAUUCACUUCUGUUAGAGAUGAGACUCUAACCCAGCCGGAGGUAAAAGUUGUUUACUGCCGAGUCCUGAGUGUGCACUGCUGUUUGGUUUCAUCAGAUUGAUUACUAUGAAUGUUCUGGGACCCACAAACAGCUGAGCGGCAUGCUAAUGUAAAACAGAGCGGCAUGAUGCAGCUUUCCCUCUGACUCUGUUUUGAUGGGUAUGUAAAUGUUUAACAGGGUUCGCCGGUAAACACACACAAGGGUGAGGUGUUGGGGUUUAGGGGGGGUCUUGUUUGGUAGUAGCGGAUCUAAGCUGUUAGCACCUACGCUGCUCGCAUGCUAACAGUAUGUCGGUACAAGUAAACAUGAACACUGGCAUCGAGGGGAGGAAUUCUUCUCACAAACAAAAUUAACAGCUAAGUUAGAAAAAACGCAAACCUGGCGAAGUGCGACAGAGGGCGCCAGGUAUUCUGGCAAAAAAGCAAACUUAUAGCGGGGUCAGAGCUUUCCACCUGCGUUUCUUAAUAGAAGCUAAACUCAUGAGGGCUGCGCAUCAGUUUCAUUUAAAGCCGUUGUAAAACCAAGAACAUGCUAAUAAAUAUGGAAUAAGAAAGCAUCGAGUUAUGCUCAUGAACAACUUUUAAGAAAUACAGUGCAGCAAAUGAGAGCAAUAGUUCCAGUUAAUACUAAGUUAUCCUUAAUGGAAGUCAGCAAAGGUGUACCUCAAGGAUCUAUCCUUAGACCACUUCUGUUCUCUCUGUGUAUCAAUAACAGUGGAACGAAUGGUAGAAUCAAUCCUUACGCUGAUGAUACCAUAAUAUAUUCCUCGAACAGUGAAGCUCUCUGCAGUUCCAGGCUGACUUUGAAUCAUCCUACCGAGCUCUGGUUCAUCUUAGGCUGAUGCUGAACCCUUUAAAACCAAGUAUGUGUAUCUCUCAAGGCUAACUUGUUAACAUUAGAUAAUGUGUCCACCAAUUUAAAUACUCAUACAUUUGGAAAGGUCAGUUAUGCUGUAUACACAUGUAACUGCUUCUGUAUCUAAACCGGUGGAUAUAAUAUAUCACAGCGCUCUUAACCUUUACCACAGGUCACAGAUCUCAAACCCUCCCACUGUAUCUUAUAUCGCUGUGUAGACUGGUCCUUGUGUGAUCAUCAUACAGAGCAACACAGUACUGUUUUUUUAAUGGCGCACUUUCACAUAUUUUUCCUAUGAUGCAAUACUUAAAAAAACAAGGUUUAGUCCUGAAUAAGUAGAGGCUACUUUUAGUAUCAUUGCUCCUGUAAUCAUUUUCAGAUGACAUCUUAAUGUUUCGUGUUUUUGAAGAAUAAAUGUCUGAGCUACUCAAGAAAAAAAAGUAAAUGCAAAUGAUUUAAAAUGUGAAAAUGAUGUUGAGGAUAAAUAAAUAGAUCUAGUGCUUUAUUUGUCUUUCUGCAGUGUUUUCUGAAUCAUGAGCGUGUUAUUUACUCACAAAGGAGUGAGUGAUGGUAGGCGUCAGAUUUGAUGGCUUUGUGGUGAGUGAGUGAACUUUUAUGACAUGAUGCAAGUCGUAGGAACACAAAAGCAGAACGAGACGCUUACGUGUUAGAAGAUGCUCCUAAAGGCCACUAGGGGGCGUCUCAGUUGGUUCCAAAAACAGCCUUUUCUGCUGUUUGUCAUAGUUUUUAAUUUCAUCCAACACAACAAAAGUUUUUCUGUUUCCGAGACGGUCAGACUUCUUCGAGGUCCUGCUCCUCCACAGCGUCAAUGUGAAUACUCAGACCCAUCCAUUACCUCCUGGCUCACAGCCUCUUCUUUUUGUUUAGUAUAGAUUCAAUAGGCUCUCUGCAGACAAAAUAUGAUGAAUGUAUGCACCAUGUGACGAUGUGUGUGUUCUUGUUUUGCAGUCCAAACGAGAGCCAGUGAGAGUUUUCAUUCUUCGGUGAGGUCCAUUUGGCCGGUCUUUCGCUUCUUCCAGGAGCGUUUAUGGGGUUUGGACUUUAGUUUAAGGUAAAACUUGUGGUUUAGUGCGUCAAGCUGGAAGGAAAAUGGCUUGAGGUUUGGGGGGGUGAAUGUGGACAAUGAAGGCAGCUGUGGUGCAUGUAAACUCGUACAUCUCUGCACGUGUAUUCCUGCUUGACAGUGGCAAGAUGUUGACACAGCGGUGACCCUUGGCUGGCAUGUGGCGGC